AAUCUGAUAAAGCUAAAUGAUUACGAUAAUCUCAAAUUUUGCAUAUAAAUGCUACCAUAAAAAUUUCAAAUGACCUUCCAGAUACGGUCAUUAUUAUUUGAAAGAUUAUAAAAGAAAAACAUUUAAAUAUGUUCAUCUUUUUCGAAAAAACGAACAAACCAUUCUCUUAAAAUGCGUUUCACUACCGUGCUUGACUCUGUUCCAAUUUUCCCUAUCCGUCUUAAAUGUCCUUCAGAUUCCGUAUAUGUAGUAAAUGUGACCGCACAAACUACUGGAGAGAUAUUGUUGAGGAACUUCCAAGCUCGUAUGUAUAAUCACAAUCAUCAUAAGCUUAUAUACCUUGAAAAGGAUAUACAGUUUGUAGAUACGCUUGAAAUGCUAGGAAUUAAGGAAGGAGAUUUAGUUGAGGCAAUAUAUAGUGAUUGUGAAAAUUCGAGUGUGAAACUUCCUUCGUUAUCAAUUACUCCAAGAAGCUCAAUGACAAUAUACGUUGAAUCAAUGACUGAAAAAACAAUAGAAUUAAAAGUAAACUGGAGUGACACCGUCGAACAGAUUAAAGAAAUGAUUCAGAAUUUAAAAGGCGUUCCUCCUCGCAUACAACGAAUUAGUUUUGCAGAAAAAGAAUUAAGUGGCUCUGAAACCUUAUCAUAUUACAAUAUUCAAAAAUGGUCUACAUUGUAUCUAGAAUUUAAAGCAAAAAUUUAUGUGAAAACCAAACGGACCGGUGAAGAAAUAAUAUUAAAUGUAGUGACAAGUGACACUAUCAGCCAAAUUAAACAGAAUAUCCAGGAUAGAAAAGGCAUUCCUCUUAACCAUCAACGUCUUAUUUUUACUGACAGACAAUUGUAUGACGAGUACACCUUGUUAGAUUACAACAUCGAAGAUGAGUCCACAUUACAUUUAGAAUGUAAAACAAUGAUAAUCUAUGUGAAAUAAAUAAUGGAAAAAAAAUAGAUUUGGAAGUAGAGAUAAUUGAUACUAUUGACCAGAUUAAACAAAAGAUUCAAGAUAAAGAAG